AUGCUUUCCCUCAGACCGCGGGCCCUUGCCGGGCUGCGGCGGGCUCAGUCACGGCUGGACUCGCCGCCCGGCUGGAUCUGCCCCGGCUGCAGAACGGGCUUCGCUGCUGUGCGACGCUGGAACAGCUCCCAGAAGCCUGCGGGGUCUGGCGAGAAGCCGUAUUAUAUCACGACACCCAUCUUCUAUGUCAAUGCUGCUCCCCACAUUGGCCAUCUCUAUACCAUGGUCCUCGCGGACGUGGUCAAGCGAUGGCAGCAGAUCAAAGGCAAGGAAGCCUACUUGUGUACGGGCACGGAUGAGCACGGUAUGAAGAUCCAGAGAGCCGCCAGCAAACAUGGAAUGGAGCCGAAGGAGUUCUGUGACGGCAACUCGAUCAAGUUUCGAGAACUGGCGGCUGCGGCCAAUAUCUCCAAUGACUUUUUCAUCCGGACCACCGACCAGGAGCACAAGGACGCCGUAUCACAGUUCUGGUUGCAUCUCAAGCAUGCGACGCCCGAAAGCCUGGGGCUGUAUAAAGGCGUUCACGAAGGAUGGUACUGUGUCAGCGAUGAGUGCUUCUAUCCUGCAGACCUAGUGCAGCCCAGUAUCGUGCCUCAGACGGGGAGGAAGAUUAUGGUCAGCACCGAGACGGAUAACGAAGUGGAGUGGGUAAAGGAAGAGACCUGGUUCUUUCCUCUGACGAAGUACAAGGAUGCUUUGCUGAAGCUCUAUGAUGAGAAUCCUGACUGGAUCAAGCCGGCUCAUCGAAUGGCGGAAGCGAGAGACUGGAUCGAGAACCAUCUUGAAGAUUUGUCUGUCACCAGGCCCGCCUCCAGGCUCAGCUGGGGUAUACCAGACCCCGAGGAUCCCAGUCAGACCAUCUAUGUCUGGGUUGAUGCUCUCAUCAACUACAUUACAAAGGCGGGAUACGGCAGCAAGUGGCACUCGGCAAAGGACGACAUGGGCAUCUGGCCGGCCGAUCUACAGGUCAUUGGAAAAGACAUUCUGCGCUUUCAUACAAUCUACUGGCCGGCCCUGCUCAUGGCACUGGGCCUGCCUGUUUCAAAGGGGUUCCUCUGUCACAACCACUGGACCAUGUCCAACCGCAAAAUGUCCAAGUCACUAGGCAACGUCGUCAACCCCUUUUUCGCCGUCCAGCGAUGGGGCAUCGACCCCCUGCGAUACUUCCUCAUGCGCAAUGCCAGCCUGAACAAGGAUAUGAGCUACUCCAACCAGCAGAUUGGUGCCGUCUACGUGAAAGAGCUGCAGGCAAACAUUGGCAAUCUCUUUUACAGAAUUGCAAAGCCGAAGGCGUCCGUCAGAUGGUCGACUCUCGAAGCCCUGGCGGCCUACCGCAAUGGGGAAUUCGAUGCCUGGAUCGAGAACAAUGCCACAAGUGACGUUGAUGCGACCUACUUUAGCUUGGAAGGUCACUUGGCUGAGAGCCCUGCGGCCAUCUGCAGAGAAAUGGACGACUACAACACGAGCGGCGCGAUACGGGAGAUUUUCGAGCUGCUGAGAGAGACGAACCGCUACGUUACAGAUGCCAAGCCAUGGGACAUUGUCAAGCUUCAGGGUGCAGAGUCCCGCACCCUGCUGAACUGGGUCAUCUUCAACUGCGCAGAAGCCCUGCGUAUUGCCGGCAUCUUACUUCAGCCCAUCAUGCCAACAAAGGCAUCGGAAUUGCUGGAUGCCUUGGGUGUUCGCCCUGAUAGACGCACCGUUGAGUUUGCAGCCAAGGGAAAGGAUGCCGAUUACGGUACCGAGUCCAAGCCAGUCGAGCCAGCGCCCCGAAUGAGCAAAUGGGACACCUUGUUCCCACCGACACCGAGUGCAGAGCUGUCGGAUGAUGAGCUUACGGAACACUUGAGGGUGGCUCUGCUGGACAAGACAAGGAACAAGAUGAACCAGAUGGCCGAGCUGCUGGCUAUGGAGGCGCGGAUGGGCGAGGAAGCAGUCGCCAAAUUUCUGGCAGACGUUCAUGCAGCCAAGACCUCAACUCCGUAG